AAAAGAAUUACAUCAAAUGAGAUUUGGUUGACUCCGAGACAACAUUUACUUUGUUCACACACGAAUAAUUUUUUUAAUUAAAGUAUUAUUAUGAUUUCGUUAUAUAUAUUGAAAUAUUUAAUACUUUUUAUACACGUUAUAGAAUUUUCCAUGAUAUUAUUACUUCUUCUUUGUCAGACUACGCAUUUUGUCGUAGUUUUACCUUCGGAAAUAUUUUAUAAACACGACUGGAGUAAGAUUACAGUAGAAUUUCCCCCAAAUCCGUGUGAAGAAAGUGGCUUAAAAUGUUCGGAAAAUCGAUCUUGGAAAUUUUCAAACUCUAUUUCUAACAAACAAAAUGAUAUAACAAGAAAACAUUUGAGACACAUCCCAUACGAAAAUAUUAAGAAAAGAUACAAGAGAUCUCAAGAUGAUUUUAUAAAGACAUUUGCUAUUUUACCAGGUACAAAAUGGUGCGGAGCUGGAAAUAAAUCGGAUGGUGGUGAUUUAGGUUAUUUCAAUGACACGGAUCGGUGUUGUCGAAGACACGACAGUUGCCCAGACAGUAUUAAAUCUAAAGCCACGAAAUAUGGAUUGAGGAAUAACGAAUCGACAACAAUGAGCCAUUGCGAUUGUGAUGACGAGUUUUAUUACUGUUUAAAAGAAGUUAAUUCGGUCGUAUCUAAUAAAGUAGGAAUAAUGUUUUUCAAUGUCUUGCAAAAGAGAUGUUUUCGAAAAGACUAUCCAAUCGUCGAAUGCAAAAAUAAAUCUUGGUUUGCAAGAAGAUGUAAGGAAUACGAGUUUGACAGAAGUAAAAGAAAGAUUUGGCAAAUAUUCGAUGCCAAAGAAUAUUAGUAAUGAUUUGCAUUGGCAACUAAACAAUUAUAAUUUUAAAAAUAUCUAAUUAUGUUAUAAAAAAUGAAUUCGACUAACAUUUAAUAAAUUAUUUUAUUAUCUUUUUAUUAAAAUAAUUAA